UCGACCGUGUGCUGCUCCUAACUGCUUUAACACCAUGAAGAGAAGAAGUGUAUGGAGUUUUCAUCGUCUCCCAUUUAAUUCUCCAAAGAUACUCAAACUAUGGUUGGUCGCUCUAAGUAUAGACGUGAACACACCGAUCUGGAGACUUCGGAAGUUUGAUCUCCGAGUGUGUGGCGCUCACUUCUCCGAAGAGGACUACCUGACAGAAUCUGCGAGGAAGACAGAACUGAAACGUAGAUGCCUGAAGAAAUCGGCGGUCCCGAAUAUCAUACACCACCCUGAACAGUACAGAGUAGCUGAGAUCUUUCAUCCCAGCUAUGGCCAUCAGAAUGAGACUGGAGGUUUAGGUCCUUGGAGCCCAGUUUCACUUACACCCAAACGACUGCAAGAAGAUGGUGAUCUUUUUGAUGGAAAUGAUCCAUCCUCCUUUGAUCUGCACAUCAUACAAGUGAAACAGGAAGAUUCAGAUGAGUCAGGUUUUUGGUGCAGUGGCAACAUGCAGCAUGAUUCAGAGAAGAUGUCUGGGGGUUUAGAUGCUUCUCAGCCAGUUCCACUUACUCUCAACGAACUGAAAAGUGGAAAUUUUUACCUUGGAAAUGUGGAAACCUCAGAGGUUUUUGCACAAACUCACAGCAGUAAAACUUACAAUCCACCAGCAAUCAGCAGUCUGCACUUGAAGACUGAGGAGUCCAUUGAGGAACUGACCAUUAACAGGGAAGAUGACAUUAACCUCUGUUCCACCAAUAUCACAUACCUUACCAAUGCUGCCAAUGUGCUGACAUUCACCACUCCAAACCAAGUAUCCUCUACCACUUGUCGAGCUGCCAGCUCUGCUUCUGGACUGGCCAUGAAGAGUCCAUGUGAAAAUUGUCUAGUUCUUGCCAAAGUCAGAGAGGAACUCAAAGUGGAGAUUACAGUUCUUCAAAAACGUAUUUGUGCUCUUCUUUGUACAAAGAACUCCCAACAACUAACACUUUGUUCUUCCCAUAGUGACCAUGACUAUGGGGUAAGUUCAGAGUUGAGAACCUGUCAAUUUUCAAUGGAUUCACAAAUGCCCAGUGCACAAGAGCAAAAUGUAAGUAAAGAAAUGCAUGGUCUGUCAGCAGUCAGCAGUCUAGACUUGAAGACUGAACAGUUUAUUGAGGAAUUGAACAGUGACUGCUGUGAUAAACUUCUCAAAGGUUUCUGCAGGAAUUGCUUGGGUAAGAGUCCAAGUAAAGCAAGAAAGAAUACAACACAGAAAAUCAAUCAUGUGAGAAACUUCAUUCUCCACAUGGCUAAAGGAUAUCCCCCAAUGAAAACACUACUCUUUUUAGACAACAUGGACCAGAUUAAUAAGUGGGUGGAGAGCCUCCAAAAAGCUAACACGACAGUCACAAAUAUCAAACACUACAUACUGGACGUAUUGGCCUUCCUGAAGUUUUUAGACAGAACGGCUCGGCCCACAUCGCACCUCACACGGCCUUCAAGGAAGCGCAUUCAGAGACAACUGAGACAGAAGCUGAAAGACAUUAUCACACUUACAAAAUCCCACAAACAGGAUCAUAAGGGCUCUACACUGAAGCUACAUGUUAGCAGAUCUCGAGUACAGGGCUGUGCCUCACUGCAUGUGAUGAUGAAGGCUUGUAGAUGACCACCUGAGGAGUUCCUAUCAGUUUAGGGUUCACUGACCAAUGCAGGCCAUUAAUGAAAUAGUUGUAGGAUAUGUUAAGGAGUAAUGUUAUGGUAGCCCAAGCCAAAUCUUUCCCAUGCCUUCUUUCACUUGUCAGUGUGCCCACUGAUCUUUAUAUCUUAAUACAGCUUAUAUAUUACAUAAUAAAACCCUGAAAAUUCCAGACAUUUCACCACAUUCCAGUGCACAAAUGUGCUCAGGGCUGCUCGCCUUAAUGAGAAGUUUAAGAUGCAAGUACAAGACAAUGCUAUUACAGGCUGUAGUACCAGCCAUGCAAGAUUAAAAAGAGUGUUUUAUUGUUUAUUUUUUUGUAGAGAAGCCCACCUGGUGUAACUGAUUCUACCUGAGAUAAGUGUCCAAGUGAAUGUUCUGUAGGCUCUUAAUAUGGUCAUAUGUGAUCUGAGCUGCUUCCCUCAUAAACAUCAGUUCUACAACUGCUAACUGUUGUUGAGACAUUGCUGAUGAAUGUAAAGCAGUCAAAACAGAUUGGCAUACUGUUGAUUUAAAGGCUGCAUCAGGAUACUAAAACUUUGCUCUUUUCAUUUAUGGUGUAAAUCGUUUGUGUUUUCCUACUUGAACUUUUUACUUAUCUUUUUGCACAAUUUAUUAUCUCAGGAGAACAAGAACAGGUGUAAGGUUACAAUGUAACUCUC